AUGGCAGUCGCCAGGCGGUGCAGAGAAAAAAGUGCUGUCAACGAUGAUCGUCGGAAGCAAAUCAACUUCGGCCCGGACCCGAGUUAUCCGUCCCCUUCCUCAAGACGCCUAAUCACUAAGCGCUCUCAGCUCCAAACUCAAACGACAGCCCCGAAGCAUCUAUCCCGCCUUUUUUCGCCUUUGCUGGCCGACCGCUGGCCGCCCCUUACCUUGCCCCAAAAAGCAGCAUUAAUUCACCUAUUCACUAAUAUGUCUUCCGACUCCGCUUCCACCAAACCAAUCGAAGAGAUCCAGGGCCAGCCAAAGGCCGAGUCCCCGUCUACCUCCCACGAAGGCCAGACAGAGUCCAAGGCUCCUGUUGAACACGACCAGCCAAAACUAAAAACAGAGGAUUACGAUUCCGAUGAGUUUGAGAUUGGCCAGCCUCCGAAACCUCCCGGUCAUCUUCCUCGCGGCAAGCCAACCCCAAGCAUUUCAGGCAAGCCGCCUGGUGGAGGCAAUGGAAAGCCGCGUCCUGCCCCAGGAGGUCGUUGA